AUGAUCAAUCUUAUAGAACAAUAAGUCGACAAACAACCAAUUCUUUAACAAGUAUCCAAAUUGAAGGACUUUCUCCUUAACCAUGUGAACUAGAAAGUAGUAUUUCUUACAUCAGGUGGAACCUCAGUUCCUCUGGAAUAGAACACUGUAAGAUCUAUCGAAAACUUCUCAUCUGGAUUGAGAGGAGCAGCCUCUGCUGAAUACUUCUUGAGAGAAGGCUUCGUUGUCAUAUACUAUUACAGAGACAAAUGCUUAAGACCAUUUGCAAGGCAUUUAAAUGUCUAAAAACUUAUUAAUGCUGAUCAAGAGGAACUAGAAAAACUUAAGUAACUUUAACAAGUUGAUAGAACUAAGCUCUACGAAGUAUCUUAUGUUUCUGUAAUGGAAUACUUGUAUUUUGUUAUAAAAGCUAUGGAAAUCUUCAAAGAAUUGAAAUUGAACAUACUAGUUUAUUUAGCCAGUGCCGUCAGUGAUUAUUACAUUCCAAAAAACAUGAUGGCAUAACAUAAGAUCUAAGCUUAAGACAAACUAGAAUUAGAGUUAAUGCCAGUUCCUAAAAUUUUGGGCUUGAUAAGAGAAAUUUAUCAGGAAGCUAUAAUAAUUUCAUUUAAAUUAGAAACUGAUGAUGAUAUUCUAUAUAAGAAAAUUUAAGAGUCUAUGAAGAAAUACAAUUUAGAAUAUUGUAUAGGAAAUUUAUUGCAAAAUAGAAGAGAUCAAAUUGUUAUUUAUAAUAAGGGAGAGUUUGUCAAGAUGGAAAGAAAUAAGGAUGAAAUAGAGGAGCAAAUUAUUGAAUAUUUUAAAUAAAACAUCAAAUGAAAUUAGUUUAAAUUAUUAUUUUAAUGCCAAUAAUAUAUUAAUAUUU